AUGGGGAUGGCAUUCCGAUUCCCCUUCCCGGUCAACGACCCGCGGAUGCACCGUGAGGAGGAACUGACGCUGGCGAGGGUCGCGUCGCAGCAGCGAAGCAGAGGACCUUCGCCCCUGGAUACUCCCCUACCGCUCGAGGCGCGAAAGGAGGCCUCGACAGAGCCCGCUACACCGUCUCCCUUGCCGACGACAAAGAGGAAAUGGGUAUUUGCCGAUCCGGUCGCUUUCAGAUACCUCGAAAGCGAUCCGUCCGUCACCGUAAUCGAGCGCCGAGGUGUCUUGCAGGGCUACGAGUUGUACCUGGUCGAACAAUGGGCUUGUUCGCGAAAGUCGCCCACGCUGGUGAUUGUCACCUAUACUGGUGACCCGAAACAUUCUGUCGUAGUUGGGGUGCUGGACGUCCCUGCGGACGAGAGUACCUGGUCAGACCGCCUUCGAUUCUACUUCAGGGCCAUUCACCAGUACCAUGCGCGACCGAAGGAAACGCCGCUGGGCGAUGUCAUGGUUACGAACCUAAGCAGCUUCCCGUCUGCCCUUACAGUCAUACCGGUCCCCGAAGGCGACAUACGUAGCCACCGUCAGGCCUUCAUCGUCAACGAGAAUCUCAAGCGACUGGGGUGUUCCGGCCGAUCUGGCAUGAACCUGUCGGACCCCACACCGGCGACUCAGGCCAAAUUUUACCAGCUUUACAAGACCAGCGAGAAGGUCCCGUUUCCGCAGUCGGUGGUGGAACUCGUCAAGCUGUGCCAGGUCUCGCUGUUCAUGUUCGGGAAGCUGGACAACGAAUACAUCGACGGAUUGCUGUGCGACAAGACAGAAGAAGCUAUUGGGAACUGGUGGACGGAGCUCGGUGCUGAAUCGUACAACAUCGAGCCGACGGACGGCAUUCUGGGCCCGACUACUGUGGCAGCCCUUUUGGGUAUGCUGAUGGGCGCAAGGAAUCGUCUGCAUUACUACGGCGCUCCUGUAUCGAAAGAUGUGUUUGACAUCGAGAGCACGAAAAGGGGCAUUGCGUACUUUCAGAAAUCACACAAACUCGAGCGGACGAGACGACUCGAUCGCCCAACAAUACUCAAGCUCCAUAGCGUCACGGCAAAAGCGGCUGCUGGCGAAGGAUGGGGCGUGCAAAAGGCUGUCAAGUCAACUGUAGCUGAAAUCGGCGGCAAAAGGGGCGAGCUGGUUAUUGGUAUGGUCGGCGGUAAAGACAAGGCCGGCAUUGCUGAUAUCGAGACCGUCGACAUUGACAAGUUCAUAGCAUUGGCAUAUGGCGAGCGAGCGAAGUGGCUGUGGUAUGGCAGACCGCGAAAGACGGUUCCGGAACUCCAGGAGAAGUCAUCCGACUUUGCACCGCCGCUGGCCGGGAAGGACGAGGCUGCCGCUCAGGUAAACAAGCGGACACAAUCAUUACCGCUUGAGGAAGAGAUGCAAAGGCAAAGAGAGGAGUCUUCAGGGGUCUAUUCAGCUCCGGCACCCGCUUCAGCCGUUAGUAUCGUUGAAAACCCUGGUGAUAAGGAUGCUCUGAGAAAAACGGUCUUCAAGUCGGUUGCCGGCAGAGUAAGCGACGCGAAGUCAGGACUAGGACGCAUCAAAGACGUCGUUGGAACCGGUCUGAGAGGCCACGCGAGUCGCCCUAGCAGAGACGACUUUGGCGAGAACGGUUACAACAGCUCCGGUAUUUCAGCACUCGCGCAAACGUCCGCGGCAGCCCUGUCAUCCCCAGUCGUGGUUGGUAGAGCCUUCACGUGGAAGAACAAGCCGGAGGAGUAUCUGGCCCAGUUCAAGAAGGAAGCCGAGGUAGCGCAAGGCGGUCGAGAUUCGUCACAGGAGCUGGUCAAAUCUCCUGCGACAGUCACUCCCGCAACAGCCAAGCAGGUUCGCGAAUUGUCCGAGCCCAGCUCUACACAUAUCGAAGGAGUAUUCGCAACGCCCCCUAAUGGCCCGGCCAACGGCAUAAUCAAGGAUGAGCCCGAGCGGUUUCAACCAUCCGUGGCCGGUUCAGUUGUCGACGAAGCAGAUCUUCAUGGCCCUUUCGAGGCUGAGAGGAGUGGCAACAAUGGCGUAAGCUUUCUGCAACGACGGCACUCUAUUGCUGUCUCGAGACUGUCUUACAAGCACUCUUUGAACGAAGCUCGGUGGCCGCGAAGGUUAUCUUUCGGCGACGCCGAAGAAGCUGUCUUGCGAUGGGAGGAAAUCACGGAGGUUUACGACGACAAGCACUUCGCCACGGCCGACGCCCUACAGCAACAGGCCAGCCUCGCCGAGUUCGCCCGCAGCCUCUACGACUCUAUCGCGACCAUCAAGCGGGAGGUCAACCCCUGGGUGGAGUCCAAGGUCAAGGCCGUCGAGAGCAUGGACGAGCACUACAACCGGGAGCAGGAGGAGCUCCAGAACCUCUACUACCAGCUCAGCGAGGCCUACCACCGCGUCAAGCAGAGCUCGUCGGAGCUCAUCGCCGAAGAGCGCGCGCACAUCACCGAGGCGAUUAAGGAGGUCGAGGUGCUGGUCGCGCGCCUUGAGUACGAGGUCAACGGCCUCGUGAGCAAGGUCGACGACGUCGAGGACGGGGUCGCGCUGUUCGAGCGGCAGGUCGAGGACGUCGAGAAGCGCGCCGAGGAGCUGAAGAGGACGCUCGAGACGGAGAGCUGGGCGCACUGGUUCGUCAGGACGCUGACGGGCAUCGGGACGGGGCCGAACAUCACGAGGGGGUCGUAG